AUGAAGCGCUGGGGCCAGUGGCCGCUCUGGAGCUGGGUGCUGUGGGGGCUCUGGGUGCUGCCAGUGCCAGCAGUCCAGCUCUACCCCUUUGGCACAGAGGGAGGAGACCGAGAGUAUGUCCAGAAGAUGUUGGAUUUUAACUCCCCCCUGUUCAAGCCAGAGAUUGGGUUCCCCUUUGGGAAGUCGCUGCGGGAUGCUCUCUACUUCACAGAUAACGGACAGAUCAUUUUCCCACCCACGGACAACUACGUCCCCUCCAACCCCAACCCACCACCCUGGGGCUUCAGCGGCCAGGAGGGUUUGCCGAUGGUGGCCGCCUUUUGGGACGAUGCAGAUUUCUCCCAGGGUGUUGGCAGCACCUGGUACCAGGAGUACUCCACCCUCAGCUCGACCUGGAACCCCCUUGUCCGUGAUGUGGAAGCAAAGAUUGAGAAAUACUUGAAAACACCCUACGUAGCAAAAUGGACCUUGAAAGUGACGUGGGAGAAGGCUCCAGCAUACCCAUCCCAACGGGAUGACACUCAGACGAGCACCUACCAGGCAGUCCUCACCACCGAUGGGAACCGUUCCUUCGCCCUGCUGCUCUACCAGGAUGGCGGGAUGCGGUGGGACUAUGCCAAGCUGGCUGCGGGCAACGUGCUGAUCGGUUUCUCCAGCGGCGAUGGCUAUGCCCAAAAUAACGAGCUGACUCGAAAGCCACCAGCUGUCAAGUACCGACCGGACCAGCACAGCAGUGCCGGCACCGAGCCGGAGCCGGCCGUCGGGACCAGCCAGCUGCUGCCAUGCCCCUGCUCCCGGCCCCAGGCAGAGCUCGACCCCCGCUACCGCCGGAGCAGAGGUGCCAAGCGCGGCUCCCCAAGGCCAGCCGUGGGGCCCAACAGACACCUCUGUGAGGAUGCUGCGCACUGCAUCCCCCAGCCCGGCCGGAGCUGGGACAGGGAGCUGGAGGCGUUCGACUGGUGCUGUCGGCGUGUUGGGAAGCCCCUGUUCUGCACCAGGUUUGCUGAGAAAAGACCGAGGGUCGGCUGUGAGGGAUACGUGCCACCCACCCCCGCUGGUGCCUUCGGGGACCCCCACAUCACCACCCUGGAUGGACUCACCUACACCUUCAAUGGGCUCGGGGACUUUGUCCUGCUACUGGCCAGGGAUGCCCUGACCAGCUUUGUGCUGCAUGGGCGCACAGCCCGGACCGGCAUGGCCCAGGCUACCAACUUCGUGGCUUUUGCUGCCCGGUACAUCUCCACAUCCACCACAACAGUUGAGUGGACUCUGGGGAGCCAAGGUGACAUCCAAGUCCUCCUGAACAACGAAACCAUCAAGUUUUCCUAUUCCCAAGACAUGGGUGCCGAGGUGUACCACAGCCCCGCCAUCCUGCUGGUCAACACCUCCUCUGUCACGGCCGUCUUCAACGGGGCCAUCUCUGUCUCCAUCUCAGCCACCUCCAGGAUCCUCAGCAUGGUCUGCAGCCUGCCUGAUCAGUACCGCAACAGCACCAAGGGCCUCCUGGGUGUGUGGGACCACGACCCCGCAGACGACUUCCGGAUGCCGAACGGUACCAGCAUCCCCAUGAACAGCAGCGAGGAGGAGAUCUACGGCUAUGGAAUGACCUGGGCUGUUGGAGAGCACAGCCUGUUUGUUCAGCCUCUGGACUCACCGGUAAUGAACUUCACACCCAUCUUCUUGUCUCGGCUGCGGCAGGGGGACGGGAACGACGACACACCAGCCAGGCGGGGGCAGGAGAACGUAAGCCAGUACCAGCUGGCAGCCUCGCAGUGCCACGGCAGCAAGGAGUGCAUCUACGACUCACUGAGCACAGGGGAUGUGGCUCUGGGCCUGGCCACCCAGAGUCUCGCAGCCGACUUCCAGCAGAAGAAGACAGUACUUAAUGCCUUCCCUCCUGUCAUCACCGGUGACGCGUCCCUCACGGCCUUCAGGACAGAAAGGGUCAGGAGGCAGUACCGUGCCGUGGGAGUGGGCGCACGCUUUGUCCCCCACCUUUCGCCAGAACUCAACAUAUCAGAGAACGGCACCCUGACGUGGGAGCCUCGUGGGAUGGCCCCUCUUUCCAUCAGCCUGGAGGCUGUCGGGUCCAACAACCUCUCCGCCCUCCUCCAGCUCCGUUUCACUCUUUGCAGCUGCAGCAGGAGCCAGGAGUGUGACUACAGUGACACCGUCACUCUCGGGGGGUCCUCCCUGCAGCUGGCAGCCUGCAGGUGUGAGGGCGGCUACUUGGGUCCCUUCUGCCAGGACCCUCCAGAUCCCUGUGCUCAGGGAUGCUUCCCCGGCGUGGGCUGCGACUCGCAAUCCGGCUGCGGCCCUUGUCCGGCUGGCCUGACCGAUAUCGAUGAGUGCGCGCAAGGGACGGCGUGCCUGGAGAAUGCCACCUGCACCAACACGAUGGGCAGCUACGCCUGCUCCUGCCCCACCGGCGAGGAGGGCGACGGGCCAGGCUGUGGCUCAGCCUGUGGAUUCCGCUCCUGCCCCGAGGGCUACUGCAGCAACGGGGGACACUGCCACCUGCAUCCCAUCACCUGCACCCCAGCCUGCGCCUGCCCCCCAGCUUUCACUGACCAGCGCUGCAUGGUGGCAGGGGGCGAUUUUCAGCCGCUGCCCAGUGCAGAUCUCCCCCGGAGGAGUGUCCGGCUGCACGUCAGGACACUGCGAAACGCCACUGCCGGGGAAGUCAACAGCACCGUCUCAGCCAUCCUGGGCUCCUUGGAGAUAAAGGCUUUCCAGAGCAACACCAACAUCACCCAGAUGACAGAUGGUGAUGGCUUCACCUUCGCAGUGGUAUCCGAGUUCGCCUAUGACAACCACGUCACCGUCAUCCGUUUCCUGAACGAGGAGCUGCCGGGGGCCAUCAUCAGUGCCUUCAACAGGCGGCGGGGGCGGCGGGAAGCAGGCACACCUCUCUUCUUCCAGCGCCUGCACCAGGACAAUGUCACCGACCUGGUGAAGCUGACAGUUGCUGAGCUGAGGUGGUAUUUCCCCUGCGAUCUGUACGGCUACAAAGGCUACAGGCUCCACUACAUCGGGACCAUUGGCUUUGUCUGCAUCUCCCCUUGCAAGGCGGGCUACUGCCAGCACGGCGGCUGGUGCCAGCACCUGCCCGAGGGACCCACGUGCAGGUGCAUCCCCUUCUCCAUCUUCUCCCCCGCCGGCGCCCGGUGUGAGCAGCUGGCCAUCAGCCUUGCCGCCUUCCUCGGCAUCUUGCUGGGAGCCCUGGCCCUGCUCUGCCUCCUGCUCGCCACCACCUGCCUGGCCUUGCACCUCUGCCGCCAGCACCAGAGGUGA